AACAACUUCCUUUCGAAGUGGCACAACAAGAGUGUGCGUGAUAGGGUGGCGUGAUUUACCUGUUUACCUUCCGUUCCACCCUUUGCCGUUCGUUUGUGCACGUGUGCCACAAAAUAAAAGCCCUCGAAACGAUCACUGUAAAUCGGUUUUUGUUGCGCUCGCCAGCUUUUCUACCGUCGAUUGAGCAAUCAAGAAGUGGUGCAGAUUACGCGAUCGCAUCGCGAUUCGAUGAGAUUUGGUGAAAAAGUGGCAUAUCGUGGUGCGGUUUUAAGCGUAAAGUGUGUUUUUAACUUCACGACCAGGCAAAGUGCGAACCGACCGGUGUCCGGUACCCGAAAGCUAACGUAGUGCUGUAUUUUUGUUUUGUUUUUUUCCCUUGUGUCUGGCGUGUGCUUCUUGAAAACCGCGAGAGAAUCUUGAUCUGUAGUCGUACGCGAUGAUGAGAUAAGUGUAAAAUUAGUGUUGUUCGGAAGGGAAAAGUGCUUGAAUAUGGCAUUAAUGAAGGUGCAACAACUCGCAACCUAUUGCCAAAACCGGGAAGUUGGCAAGUGAAAUGGAGAAAUUACCAAUCGAAAGCUGAGCUUAACCGCAACACCAAGUGCAAUAUUAGUGUCCCAACCUAAGGGAGGGAUAAAUAGUGCUUAGGAGUGCGUUUAGUUUUAACUUGUUCACUGGAACAGCAAACGAUACCAAAAAAAAUAAAAGAAGUAUAAGGUAGAAAAGAACGUGAAACUGAAAAAAAUAUUCAAUAAAUUCGUAAAGGGCGAAAAAGUUUCGUGAGCGGUUGAGUGGCAGCAUACACGUCCAAUAAAUUCUCCACGCCAUGAAGUUCAUCAGCAGGAUCACCGUGUUUCUGCUGCUGCUCCUAGCUGGCGUGACCAAGCCGAAUCAAGCAUGUAAACUGUACUCGAAAAGUAAUCUGCGCACCAAAUCGGAUGGUGUUCAGUUCCUGCGGUUAAAGGAAGACUUUCCAGUGGGUGGCGAGAUCGUCUCACUGUAUGCGUAUCCACGCAAUUCGAUUCUGAUACCACGCACGGAGAAUUCGAGUGAUUACGAGUACUUCAAGCUGAAGGAAAUUAACAGCACGGUCGUUAGUGUCAUCCUCAACCGUAGCCUGGACAGUCUAGUCGAUUCCGAUGAUCCGCAGAGUAUCCUUAAGUUUAGCGUAUUCUGCAGUGGAACUUCAACAACCAACGCCAAACAGGACAAUUCAUCAUUUUUUACAAUUACUGUUUACAUUGAAGAUAUUAACGAUAAUGAUCCCGAAUUUAUCAAUCUACCGUACGUGGUAACGCUCGACGAAUCAACGCCAAUUGAGACGGUGGUGUUUAAUAGAAUUAAGGCAAUUGAUCGUGAUAAGCCAAACACGCCGAAUUCCGACCUCGAGUAUGCGCUAGCGGCGAAGCAUAUGAAGAGCGGCGACUUUCCGUUUCGCCUGGAAGGUUCCCAGCGGCCAUCGUUGGUGCUGCAGCGACCGCUCGACUACGAUGCCGGCUGGCGCUCGAUGAGCGUACAGAUCGUGGCGAGCGAUCGUGGCAAUCCGCCCCGCACCGCUAACGCCACCAUCCGGGUGAACCUGCGGGACGUGGACGAUCUGCCACCGAUCUUCACCCGGGCCCAGUACCGGACACGCAUCAAGGAGUCCUUUCCGCUGACGGGCAAACCAAUUCACAUACCGCUCUACAUUGAGCCACCGAUCAUGGCGUUCGAUCAGGACUCGUUGAACGAAACGCUCGUUUACGGUAUAGUGGCCGGUAACGAGCGUCAACUGUUUUGGAUAUCACCGGAAACGGGAGUACUAUUCCUACAGAAAGAGAUCGACCUGGACAGCGAAAGCCUGCCGGACAAUACGUUUACACUGCAGAUUGAGGCACAGCAGAUCAACGACCCGACUAAGAGUGCUUUUGCGCGUGUGGAGAUUGAGGUGAUCGACUUGAACGAUAAUGUGCCUGAGUUUGAGGUCGAUCUGUACAACAUCUCCAUCAUCGAGAACUUGCCGAAAGGAUUCAGUAUACUGCAGGUGAAUGCUAUCGAUCGAGAUCAGGGAGAGAAUGCAGAGUUUUACUACUACCUAAUGGACGAGGAACCGAAGGGUGCCUUCAUGAUUGACCACGGUUCGGGAUGGAUUGUGGUACGAGAUGAAACCUUCCUCGAUAAGGAGCAGCGCAGUUCGCUGAAAAUGAAUGUCCACGCUGUAGAGCGGAUUGAGCAGUACGAUCACAGCCGCAACUAUGGCAAGGUGCAAGUGGAGAUCACACUGCUCGACACUAACGACAAUACACCGGAGUUCGAGCAGGGUACACUGUACGAGUUCAAAACGCACUGUAAUGCCACGAUCGGCUCAAAGGUGGGUCGAAUUCGAGCAAUCGAUCCAGACGACCUAGGCAACGGGAAGGUACAGUACAGCAUCAAAAACGUUCGCCCGAACCUUGCCAUCCCCUUCCAGCUCGAUCCGGAUACGGGAGAUAUUCGCGUGGCGGAACAGCUUACAUAUGGAAAAAUUGCAUUCUUCGUUGAAGCACGGGACCAGCCUCAGAAUCCUUCGGAGUCUCGCUUCAACGUAGCGCUGGUUACGAUCGACAUCGUCUGUCAGUCCAUCGAAGAUAUUGAGUUCAUCGGAGCACCUUACGAGUUUUGGGUAGGAGCGGAUGCUGCCAUCGGGUCGUCGGUUGGCCAAAUAAGAACUACUUUCGAUAUGGUUUCGGACGAAGAGAUAUUUUUCGAUCUGCUACACUCCUAUCCCGAAGGAGUACCGUUUGCGAUUGAGGAACGAUCCGGCAUUGUGACAGUGAUCGAAUCGAUGGAGAAAUUUGAUCGAAGAUGUUAUGAGUUUGAAACGGUAGUGUCAUAUUUGCCUGAUUCUACUGGUAAGAAUGUGGAACAGCUAACACCGGAAGCGUACAACAGUCUGGAAAAGAUCAUCGUGACAAACGUCACGAUACACGUAAUAAAGCACAACUUCAUGUUACUGCGAGGCACUAAUGCAACUCCGAUCGAGUUCCGUGUAAAAGAGAACAAACCAAACACCAUGAUUGGGCAGCUCAAGUUCCAGGACUUCCAGGAGCAAUGUGAUGCAGACGAGAAAGGACCACCUCCAUUGAUCUCGGUACGUGGUGAUAAGAAUCGAGGCGAUCGGCAAGUGUUUCAGUUGAAUGCAGGAAAAAACCGCACUCGUUACGCGCGUAGAUUUACACGUGACGUUUCGGGCCAGUCAAACUUAAUCCGUUUGUACCCACUCGUCACGUUCGAUGCGGUAUUUAGCUCAGCUGGUAACGGUACGAGAAAGGCCAGAAACUCUAGAAAUCCCACUAGCGGUGUUCAGUACUCCCUUGUCAACAGCUAUGACGUAGCGGAUACGGUACGCCUCACGAACGAUGGCAAGCUGAUGACGAUCAAGGGUCUGGAUCGAGAGAAGCAAGAUGUCAUACGAGUGACAAUCAUUGCGGAAUAUUUUUACAAGCAACGCACCUUUGCCGGUAUCUACCAGGUGCAUAUAGUGGUCGAGGACGAGAACGAUAAUCCACCAACCUUUAAUCAACCAUUUUUCCUGGGUGUGAUAGCGGAGAAUUCUCCGAUUGGGACGGAGAUUGUGUUGAACAACCCGAUCAUCAUCUCCGACUUGGAUGCGGCCGGGCCGAACAGUGAAUACGAAUUGCUACUGUCCGGAGAAUCAAACUCUUUUGUAGCUCAGUUCUCCAACUCGACUCUUUCGAACUACAACAAGACGGUGGCACACAUAUUCCGCAAUCUUCAGAUUGCUAACAUCGAUCCUGGCGAUUCGAGAGUACGCCCUGACUAUCGUCCCCACAAACAGUUGGAGUAUGGAGUUGGGAACUCUAGUACACCACACUACAACAUCCUGUUUAUGGGCCCCAACAAGCUCGAUCGUGAGGAGAUAGAAAGUCUUACGCUGAAAAUGAUGGCAACCGAUCGUGACAACUUGAUGUCCGAGGUGGAACUGAAGAUCCUCAUACUGGACGUAAAUGACUGUGCGCCGGUGUUUGAACGAAUCGCUAUCUUUCGUAAAAGUCGCUGCGAAAUGAUCGAAAACACUAGUGAUCUAGAGUUGAUGUAUUUGGACGAGAUCGAGACGGAGGUGUUGCCUGAGUUUCUUGACGCAAGCCUAAUGGAGAUGAGUAGCCGCGUUUCGUACGGGGUGGAGAGCUUGUUUGAAAUGGUCCAGUCCGCUCCAUAUGUUGGGAUGCCUCGACUUUAUGACAGUCAAUCGGUUAUGGUUAAUCGAACUGCUGAUCGAGAACAACUAACAAUGCGCCGUAAACUAUACAAACAGAAAGUUCGACAGCGAGGACGCAAUACCCGAGCGGUUGCUAAGAAAUCACAGCUGAAGUUUGCUCUGCCCGAAAAUGUCGAGGUGGGUAAAGUGAUCUUCAAACUUACAGCUAAUGACGACGAUUUUGAGAAGAACUCGAAGGUAUUUUACGAAGUCGUUGGCCAAACGGAUCUUAACAGUGGUGAACGUGUAAGCUACUUUAAAAUCGAUCGUAACAAUGGAGAAUUACGAGUAGCGAACCGGUUACUGCCCGAAAGCGAUAUAAAGCUAAACAUCACCGCCAAGGAUGUUGGUGGUUUGUCCGAUAUGCUGCAGGUGCAGUUCCGGGUGUACGACGUCAAUGAUAAUGCGCCCGUGUUCGAGAAACAGUGGUACACUUUCAACGUUGACGAAGGAUCAUAUCCAAUUACGGGCAAAAAGAUCGGCCAGGUGCGAGCGAACGAUGAGGACACCGGCAUGAAUGGUAAUGUGACGUACAUGCUGGUUACUGAGGGUGACCAGAAGAUACCGUUCUCCAUCGCACCGCUGGACGGCACGAUACGAGUAAGUGGAGAGAUCGAUCGCGAAAUGGUGUCUUCCUAUCGGUUCCGGGUGCUUGCUUCGGACAACAAUUUCGAUCUCAAGCUUUCGGCCAUGGUAGACGUCGAGGUGAUCGUGAUGGAUCGCAAUGAUAACAGUCCCGAAUUCACGGCGUACGACGAUCUAAGAAGUGAUCGGAACAACAUUAAACGGUUGCCAGUGUACGUCGCAUAUCUUGACGUGAAUGCCAAGGUAGGAACAUUUGUCAAGCAGGUAAUGGCGCGAGAUAGUGACUUUCGGGAGAAUGGAAAUGGGCUGGUGAUUUAUUCGCUCACCGGUCAGAGUGAUGUGCUGCAGUUUAGCAUUGAUCCAAAAGAUGGCGUUGUGACAACGGCUUCAAAGUUUGCACCGUUCGAAACAAAUAGGAAAACAUACGAGCAUCUUAACGUGACCGUGGUGGCAUCCGACUUUGGUACACCACCACGUUCCAGUAUGGCGCUGCUGAUCGUAAAUCUGCAGGGAGAUGCGCUUCAGAAGCAACCGGUUGACGAUAAACCACCACUCUUUCCUUACAAAUAUUACGAGAUCGAAUUGCGUGAAAAUGAUCCCGCACCACGUAUUGUACUCAAUGUAACGCUUUCGAAGCGUUACACCAACGAUCCAUUCCGAUGGGAAAUUGUGGGCGACACCUUUGACGAUCAGUUCCGCAUCGACGAACGGAAUGGUUCACUGUGGCUGCUACGACCACUAGAUCGGGAGGAGCGUGACUCGUACGAGGUUCGUAUCCGUGUGCAGAGGAUAAAGCGCGAAACACGCAACAUUCCCAGCGUGCUGUACGCGUUGGAGAACCCGGUUAAGCGGAAAAGCAAUCGGCUGUACGAUAACGAGGUGGAGAUCAUGAUCAAGGUGGUGGAUGUGAACGAUAAUGCACCCGUAUUUCGGGACAACUACGGUCCAAUCAUAUCGGUCGUGCCGGACACAGCGAACUAUGGUUACGCGGUCAUGAAAGUGGAGGCCACUGAUGAUGAUGCAGGAAGCAAUGGUGAAAUACGCUACUCACUUCUGAACGAGCCGGCUCGCCUGUUUGCUAUUGAUUCGCUCACGGGACAAAUUCGAUUACUAAACUCACUAGCAACGUUCAAGGAGAAGGUGUUCGGAUUCGAUGUAAAGGCCACGGAUCGUGAGGGUGCUGAUGAUGGCAAGUCGACUAUAGCAAACGUGUUCGUGUACGUACUGCACGCGCACCAGGAAGUGUGUUUAAUUCUAGCCGGUCUGCCUGUAGACAUCGAAAAGCAAUUAGGGAUGAUCUCGUCAAGUUUGAGCACCGCUACCGGUUACGACAUUCGAAUACGAGCUCUUGAAACCAACACCAAAGUGGAUGAUGCAACAAAUCUUUACCUUUAUGCCAUCGAUCGUAAGACCAACGGACUGGUAGAAAUGACCGAACUGCAGAGGUCACUAUCCCGGUUAGACAUGUCCAAUCUGAAACCAAACCUACCCAUCAUCGAGCUUACCGAACUAGCGGUCAAUUCGAUUGAGCCGCACUCGUACGAUGCGGCUGGCAUGAAAGGUAUCGAGCUGGCAACGGUCGUAAUAGGUGGAUUGAUUUUUGCCGGCGGCACUGCUACGGCUCUUUGCAUUGCAUGUGCGCGCUACAGACGCCUAAUACCACUACCGAACGGUGUCGGAGCCGGUGGUGGAGCUGGCGGAGGAGGCAGCAGUAACACGUCGGCGGAGGACGUGCGUGUUCGUAGUACGGUGUCGCGGAUUGGUCUGGGCAGCAGUAACAACACCACGGGCAGUACGCGACCCAUUACCGGUGCCGACAUACAGCCGGUAAUCAAUCGAUCCGACCUGAAGAGCUCUAUCUUCCAUCCGAACUUUCAUCGCCAGUUCGUAACCAACAUCAGUACCGAAGCGGUCCCGGAGCACAGCAACGAAGGAAACAAUAGCGAUAGCUAUGAAGAUUCGCUAAAGGAUUCGUUGACUUCCAAUACGAGCCUAUGACAAUCGGGGAACCCUCCUGGGAGGACAUACUACACUGUACAGUUUAGACAUAAGGGUGAGCCAGAGGAAUAGCGCAGCACCAUUGUACGAUUGUUGAUUCGUUUUUAAGCUAGACUAAGUGAGCUGUACCACCACCACAUCUCAAUAAUGGACCACCAUGUGUUGGUCGUGUUGAAGAUGCAAGAGACUGUGUAAAUAAAACUAAAAGCCUACGCUUCAUCAUUAACUUUUUAAAUCAUUAA